AUGGAUUUGUAUCAGCAGCAACUUGUUGAGCUCAACGCUGCCCACGCGACUCUCCUCGCAGACCAAGAAAACCUGAGGGUUUUGCUUUCUCCUUAUAUAGACAGCAGCGGGAGAGCUCUGCUGCCGCUUAGUGAGGAUUUGCUGCUGCUGAAGAGAGGCAUCGAUCUCAGGCUUGUUGAGUUCCAAGAAGAGUGCAAACGAAUACAGCGAGACAUUUCAGCGGAGGAGGCGAAGCGGCUGCGGGCGGUUUGCCGCUACGGGGAUUGGGUCCAAGACGGUCUGGCUGAUCCCCUUAAAGAGCAGCAGCUGACGCCGAGGACCCUUCACCAGAAAUACAGUGGAGCCCCAGUGCAGCAAGUCUCAAGAGCCAUCAGCAGCCGAGUAAUAUCUAAACCCCUUCGAUCCCAAUCAGUACCCAAACCCCAAACAAAAACAGAUAAAGAGGGGGCCCCCGGGGGCCCCCCAGCAGCAGCAGAAGCAGCAGAAGAAGAGGGGGGGGCCCCCGUCUGGACCCGCAUACUCUCAGGGUGGCUUACAGGGUCUAAGGAGGCCCCGAAGGGGGCCCCCCAGGGGGCCCCCAAGGGGGCCCCCAGGGGGGCCCCCAAGGCAGGGGGGCCCCCCAAGGGGGCCCCUAAGGAUACAGUGUAUUGGUGUGAAGGGGAGGGGGGCCCCCUUAAAGAGAGAAAAGAAGAGAGAAGGAGAAGCUCAGCAGCAGAGAGAGAUAGAGACAGAGAUAGAGAUAAAGAUAUAUAUUUAGAUAGAGAUAGAUAUAUAGAUAGAGACAGAGAUAGAUAUAUAGAUAGAGAAAGAUAUAUAUAUGAUGAUAGAGAUAGAGACAGAGACAGAUAUGUAGAUAGAGACAGAGACAAAUAUAUAGAUAGAGACAGAGACAAAUAUAUAGAUAGAUAUGUAGAUAGAGAUAGAUAUAUAGAUAGAGACAGAGACAGAGACAGAGACAGAGAUAGAUAUAUAGAUAGAGACAGAGACAAAUAUAUAGAUAGAGACAGAGACAGAUAUAUAGAUAGAGAUAGAUAUAUAGAUAGAGACAGAGACAAAUAUAUAGAUAGAGAAGCAGAUAUAUACAGAGACAAAUACCAACCAAGGGGGGGCCCCCCAAGGCAUCAUUCGUUGAUUCCUUUGGGUAUGCGUGAGGGGGGCCCCCCUGAGGCUAGAAGGGGUACAGGGGGGCCCCCUAGAGAUGAGGGCCCCCACAGGCGUUGGGGGGCCCCCCCUUUAGUACCCAGUUGGUCUCAGGAGAGUUUAAAGUUUAGGGGGGAGGGGGGCCCCCCGGGGGCCCCCCGAGUUCGUCAUUCCCGCAGCGAUGAGGGGCCCCUCCUCCUCUCGGGUGUACAGGGAGGGGCCCCCUCACCCCGGGGGGCCCCCCCAGCCUUGGGGGGCCCCCCUACCCUGAAGGGGGGCCCGCCCCCCCUCCUUCAUUCUCCGCGCAGUUGGCAGCAGGGUGAGGGGGCCUCAUCAGCAGGCAGCAGAGAUUCAGGUUUAGGGUACCGCCGCACCAGCGAUAUAAGCAAAGUGGGGGGCCCCCCCCGCACCACAGACACAGGGGGGCCCCCCAGGGGGGCCCCCAGGGGGGCCCCCACCGACACAGGGGGGGGCCCCGCUGAGCAGCUCCUCAGCAGAAUUCAGCGGCUGGGGUCGAGGACGAUCCCGUCUCCCCAGCUGGUAUCCCCAGCAGUCUCACAGCGAGGAGGGGGCCCCCCUGGGGGCCCCCAGGGGGGCCCCCCUGGGGGCCCCCCUGGUUCCGGCUCAGGCCCGGGGGGCCCCCACCCCCCCCUGCUGCAGUCUUCACGCCAGGCCUCGUCUGCGUUCCUGGGGGCAGUGGAGGGGGGGGGCCCCCAGGGGUCUCACCGCAGCGGAGAUAGCGGGAAUUCAGAUAAGGGGGGGGGCCCCCCGGGGGCCCCCACCACUCAUACACAAGCGACAGGGGGGCCCCCUGAAGGGGGGGCCCCUAGGGGGGCCCCUAGAAGGGCACCGAGUGAUACUCCUUCUGAUAGCAGUCGGGGGGCCCCUGUCUCCCCCUUAGACUUAUCGCGAGUUAGGAGCCCUUACUAA